CGGCCCGCAACAAACAGGAGGACGAGGAGGGCAGUCUGAAACAUAACUCAAAGUUAAUAUGGCAUAUAAUCUGAAUAGUAGUAGAUUGGCAUGGUCUACUCUAGACACUGUGCCAUAAGAAGGUAAAGUUACAUUCGAUUCAAUCUUAUUAGAGCAAUAGCUUUACAAAGGAAUUCCGACCAAUGUUCCAUUAUAGUGCGGCUGUGCUGAUUCACAUUGGGGGGAGUGUACACUGGUCCUCUAGUAAAUUACAUGGAAACCUCGAGUGGUUCCCAGGAAUGUGGAAGUUGUGCAGGGCUUGUAAGAAGAGGGGGACUUUUUUCUUGCCUUCUUCAGUGCUGGGCGGAGGGAUACACUAGGCAGUGAGAGCUGCUUUCUCUCCGUAGCUUGUUGUUUCCUCCUCCCUCCGCCUGGCUUUGCAUGGUGGAAAGCGGAGGCUUCUCUUUCUCCUUCCUGCUCCAGACCCUGACAGCUCCAGGGGCAGGGCCCGGGGAUCCGCUCCGGCGGCGGAGGAGGCAGUGCAGGCAAAGUGGAGGAGGGGGGGGGAUACCCAGCUACCCCAACAUGUCCUCCUCCAGCAGCCAGCACAGCGCCGAGCUCAGAUCCGAGCUCUAUUUCCUCGUUGCCAGAUUCCUGGAAGAUGGACCCUGCCAGGAGGCAGCUCAGGUUCUGAUCCGAGAAGUGGAAAAGAAGGAGCUGUUGCCUAGGAGGGUGGACUGGACCGGUGAGGAGCACCCCAGGACGUACCAGAAUUUGGUAAAAUAUUACAGGCACUUGGCUCCUGACCAUUUAGAGCAGAUAUGCCAACGAGUAGGACCACUUCUAGAGAAAGAGAUUCCUCAAAGUGUACCUGGAGUCUUAACACUGUUGGGAGCUGGCCGCCAGUCUUUGCUACGCACAAACAGAAGCUGCAAACAUGUUGUAUGGAAGGGCUCAGCUCUUGCAGCUUUACACUGUGGAAGGCCUCCGGAGUUGCCAAUAAAUUAUGGAAGCUCACCAAACCUAGCAAGUACACUUUUUGCAAGGAAGCUAAAUGGAAAGUACAAGUUUCAGUCAUUAGUGCCAACUGCAGUCUAUCAGCACAUGAAGAUGCAUAAGCGGAUUUUAGGUCAUCUUUCUUCAGUUUACUGUGUAACAUUUGAUCGAACGGGUAGACGGAUAUUUACAGGCUCUGAUGACUGUCUUGUGAAAAUAUGGGCUACAGAUGAUGGUCGUCUUCUUGCCACAUUAAGAGGACACGCUGCUGAGAUAUCUGACAUGGCUGUGAAUUAUGAAAAUACAAUGAUUGCUGCUGGUAGCUGUGACAAAAUGAUCAGAAUAUGGUGUUUGAGGACAUGUGCACCACUGGCUAUUCUACAGGGUCACAGUGCAUCCAUCACAUCACUGCAGUUCUCACCAUUGUGCAGUGGGUCUAAGAGAUACCUUUCUUCAACUGGAGCAGAUGGAACAAUUUGUUUCUGGCUUUGGGAUGCAGGGACUCUAAAAUUUAACCCUCGACCUACGAAAUACACAGAGCGCCCUCGCCCAGGAGUUCAGAUGAUUUGUUCCUCAUUUAGCUCUGGUGGGAUGUUUCUUGCAACUGGGAGUACUGACCACAUUAUUAGGGUGUACUACUUUGGUUCAGGUCAGCCAGAAAAGUUAUCUGAACUUGAGUUUCACACAGAUAAAGUUGACAGCAUUCAGUUUUCAAACAACAGUAGUCGAUUUGUAAGUGGGAGUCGUGAUGGGACUGCUCGCAUUUGGCAAUUUAAGAAAAGGGAAUGGAGAAGCAUUUUACUUGAUAUGGCGACUCGCCCAUCCGGUACUCAAGGUGUAGAAGACAAGGCUACAAAGCUGAAAGUGACUAUGGUGGCUUGGGAUCGUCAUGACACGUUUGUAAUCACUGCAGUCAAUAAUAUGACUUUAAAAGUUUGGAACUCUUACACGGGACAGCUCAUCCAUAUCCUUAUGGGUCAUGAGGAUGAAGUUUUUGUGCUUGAGUCUCAUCCAUUUGAUCCACGAGUGUUGUUUUCGGCAGGCCAUGAUGGAAAUGUCAUAGUCUGGGAUCUAGCUCGUGGGGUCAAGAUCCGGUCUUACUUUAACAUGAUUGAAGGACAAGGGCAUGGAGCAGUAUUUGACUGUAAGUGCUCUCCUGAUGGACAACACUUUGCAUGCACGGACUCUCAUGGUCAUCUGUUAAUUUUUGGCUUUGGAUCAAGCAGCAAGUAUGAUAAGAUAGCAGACCAAAUGUUCUUUCACAGUGAUUAUCGGCCUCUUAUUCGUGAUGCAAACAAUUAUGUCCUUGAUGAACAAACUCAGCAGGCGCCGCACCUUAUGCCACCACCAUUUUUGGUGGAUGUCGAUGGUAAUCCACAUCCAGCCAGAUACCAGCGUCUUGUUCCUGGGCGUGAAAAUUGCAGGGAUGAGCAACUCAUCCCUCAAAUGGGUGUAACUUCAUCAGGUCUGAACCAAGUUCUCAGCCAGCAGACUAGUAAUGAAGGAAUUAGUCCCUUGGAUAGCCUGAUACAACGACUACAGCAAGAGCAAGACCAGCGGAUAAAUUCUGUAACUGGACACAGCAGCUACCGUUUAGUCAGAGUAAAUUCGAACUCUGAAGUUCAUUCACCACCAAAUAUUGGCUUACGACGCAGUGGCCAGAUUGAGGGUGUUCGACAGAUGCACAGCAAUGCACCGAGAAGUGAAAUGGCUACUGAACGUGACCUUGUAGCUUGGAGUCGUAGAGUUGUGGUCCCAGAGCUUCCACCUGGAGUUGCCAGCAAACAGGAGGAAUGGAGAACCGCAAAAGGAGAAGAGGAAAUACAUCUUUACAAAGCAGAGGAGAAAAGGAAAUCCCUUACAAAUAACACUGUUCGGGAAAAUAAAGCAGUCCCUAGCACAAAGGACCAUUCUCAUGAGCCAUUAUUGGAAGCUGGGGAUGCAAAAAGGCAACAAGCUGGACAGCAUAACUAUCGAACAAGGGCGACUUUAGAAGAACAAGCUGGGCCUUCGGAAGAUCUAGAAAAUGAAAAUAGCUCAUCAGAUGAAGCAGAUGCUGAAAGUGAGGCAGUGGCAGCAAGUGGUGCAACAUCUGAAGAUGAAGACAAACCUAACUGGAACAGUGACAGUAGUUCAAGUGACUACUCAAGUGAUUACUCAGAUUGGACUGCUGAUGCAGGAAUAAAUUUGCAGCCACCAAAGAAAACACCUAAACUUAAAAACAAGAAAGCAGAAAGCAGCUCUGAUGAGGAAGAAAACAAUGAAAAGUUGAAGCAGAAGCAAAGUAAAAAGGAAAGGAAGAAGGGAGCUGAGGAUAAAGAUGUCUCUCCUAGAAAGAAGAAACCAAAGGAAAGAAAGAAAAAGCAUUUACCAGUUGCAGCACUUACUGAGCAAGGUUUAACUCUGGAAGACUGGUUGCCUUCUGUGUGGAUUACGGACACUAUGCCAAGACGAUGUCCCUUUGUUCCACAAAUGGGUGAUGAGGUAUACUAUUUUCGCCAGGGUCAUGAAGCAUAUGUUGAAAUGGCCAAAAAAAAUAAAAUUUAUAGGAUCAAUGCUAAGAAACAGCCAUGGCAUAAAAUGGAGCUAAGGGAGCAAGAACUCAUGAAGAUUGUUGGAAUUAAAUAUGAAGUGGGCCUACCUACCCUCUGCUGCCUUAAGCUAGCCUUCCUUGAUUCAGACACUGGUAAAUUGACUGGAGGUGCAUUUACAAUGAAAUAUCAUGAUAUGCCAGAUGUGAUAGACUUCUUGGUUCUUCGCCAGCAAUUUGAUGAAGCGCGACGUAGGCAGUGGAGGAUAGGAGACAGAUUUCGGUCUGUAAUUGAUGAUGCCUGGUGGUUUGGAACUAUUGAGAGCCAGGAACCACUACAGCCAGAUUAUCCGGAUAGCCUUUUUCAAUGCUACAAUGUGUGUUGGGACAAUGGUGACGCGGAGAAGAUGAGCCCUUGGGACAUGGAAGUUAUACCCAGUAACGCAGUGUUCCCUGAAGAGCUGGGUACUAGUGUACCGUUAAGAGAAAGUGAGUUCCGAUCAUUACUAUACAGGUCCCUAGAUGGUGAAUGGGGAAGUAGAAGCAGAGAUGAAGAAUGUGAAAGAAUCAUUGGUGGGAUUACCCAGCUGAUGACUCUAGAUAUUGCUGCUGCCUUUGUGGCUCCUGUAGACCUUCAAGCUUACCCAAUGUACUGCACUGUUGUGGCCUAUCCAACUGAUCUCAGUACAAUUACACAGCGGCUAGAAAACAGAUUCUACAGGCGUGUCUCUUCUCUUAUGUGGGAAGUGCGAUACAUAGAACAUAACACACGCACAUUUAAUGAGCCAGGAAGCCCGAUCGUCAAGUCAGCAAAGUUUGUCACUGAUAUUUUAUUGUACUUCAUCAAGGAUCAAAGUUGCUAUGACAUCAUUCCUCAGUACAACAUCAUGAAGAAGAAGCUUUUGUCAGACUCUGAUGAGGAGGAAGAGAAAGAUGCUGAAAUGCCUGGAACCUCUACAAGGAAGAGAAAGGAAUAUCAGCCAAGACGCAAACUACGAAGCAGAGCACACUCUUAUGAUCUGCAGUCGUGGAAGAAGCAGUGUCAGGAGCUGUUAAAUCUGAUCUUUCAAUGUGAAGAUUCUGAGCCUUUCAGACAACCAGUUGAUAUUAUAGAGUACUCAGACUAUCGAGAUAUUAUUGACACUCCAAUGGAUUUUGGAACUGUUAGAGAGAAAUUGGAGGCUGGUGGUUAUGAUACUCCAACUGAUCUCUGCAAGGAUGUAAGAUUGAUUUUCAGCAACUCAAAGGCUUAUACUCCAAGCAAAAGAUCAAAGAUAUAUAGCAUGAGUUUGCGACUCUCGGCUUUCUUUGAGGAGCGUGUCAGCACUAUCUUAUCAGACUAUCAAUCAGCUAUUAAAUUCCAUCAAGGGAAUGCAAUAACAAGGCGCAAAAAGAAAAGGAUUCGAAGCAGCUCUUCCAGUAGUAGUGCAGCAUCUAGCCCUGAAAGGAAAAGAAAAUAUGUACGACAUCAGCAAAAACAGGAAAGUACUGUGCCAGUACCCCCAAAAUCAGCUCCUCAAAAGGUGAUUGCUCAGAUAAAUGGAAAGGGAUCAGAAUCAAGUACUAUGGCUCGAACAAGGAGCUACAAGCGUCACAUAGAGCCGGCUUCUUCUGGUCAACCAUCUACGUCAUCUGCACCUAAGCUUCCGGCUUUGAAACCCAAUAAUAUUGCCACUCCAGGAAGAACAGUAUUUGAAAGCUCUACAAAACAUCCUAGAGGUCAGACUGCUGCCACAAAUACCAGCCAUCCAACCAACAGCCAGGUGGCAAAAAAUACUUUCCCCAAAGACACUUUGGAGAAAGAGAAACCAUUGAAGCGCAGGAUGAAAGGGCUGUCCAGUCCAUCACAAGCAGAAAGGAAAGAUUUUUUGCCAUCAUCAGGUGUUCAGGUUAAUGGACACAGCAGCUUACCUAACAAGCCAGCUGCGAAAGGACGUCCUGGCCGUAAACCAAAGGUAGUUGUAGGUAAUGCAGCCAGUAACUGUGACUCCAGCAAUGCGGUUCAAGUAGUACCCAAGAAAAGAGGCCGAAAACCAAAAUACCCUAGGAAUGAUGAUCAAUCACAAAUUGUACCCCAAAAUCCUAAUAUGCCCAUUAUAUUGCCAGAUAAAAAGACUAAGGAGCAGACAACUACUUCCACUGGCAACUCUCGUACAGAAAUGAACAUUAAGAAUGAAAGUGAGAUACCGAAAAAAAAAAGAGGUAGAAAGCCAAAAGUAAAACCUGAGCUAUUGGAGCAAACUGCUCCUUCUAUUCUUCCUCCUCCUCCUCCUUUCCUUCCUCCUGCGCCAGCACAGACAAAGCCAGAUGAAGUAACACAAAGUGUUAAAAUACAAACAAGAAGUAAAUGUAAAAAGCCUGAAGAGCCUAUGGAUGAAUCACUAGACACUGCAGAUGGACUAAAUAGUUCUGAAGCCCAAAUGAGAACUAGAAAUCAGGGAAGAAGAACUGCAUUUUACAAUGAAGAAGACUCGGAGGAAGAGCAAAGACAGCUGCUGUUUGAAGACACUUCUUUGACUUUUGGUACCUCAAGCAGAGGAAGGGUACGGAAGUUAACAGAGAAGGCUAAAGCAAAUUUAAUAGGCUGGUAAAGGUACUUAAGUGCAGCUUUACUGAAGUAUAUGUACUUUUUUGCUGCUAUAUAGGAAUGAAUACUCUUCCAGGGGAAGGGGACAUUUUCAUAGGUGUUUCUUUUCUUUUUUUAAUAGUUUGCAAUUUAUUGCCUAUGGAUAAAGUGUAAGCAUUUCAGUAUUUGUAGUUCCGAGCCUCAGAAACAUCAGGCAGAACAAAGCCCAUACUAAAUAUGUUUAGCAACUUAUAAAUGCAUUUUUGGGGUUUUGCGCAAAUGUUAAAAAAAGGAGUUAAAAAAACUGCUGUUAAAUAUUGGACAAAUGAGGGAAUAUUAUUCUAGGCAAAAUAUAAGGAAUGACAAAUACACAAUUCAAAGUGUUACCUUACACAUGGGAAGAAUAAUCUAUCAUAUCCCAAGGCUCUGUGCAUUAUUCUGUACAUAGGCAGUGAAAGAUCAUAUAUAUCUAUAUACCAGUAUAUAUUGAUAUAUACUUAUAUAUCCACAUUGGAAGAUAUUUCAUUUAUGUCUAAUUUUUCAGACCUUUUAUUCUAGUACCAAUCAAUAAAUCAGAUUAGUGUGCCAAAGACUGAGACUGAAUGCAGUUAAAGCCUACAAUUUCUGAUUGUCAGAAUUGCGCACAAUCUCAUGUAUAUAACAGACAUACGAAAUAACUUGUAUAUUGCAUUGAAGAUAGUGUAAGCUGUGCUCACUUCCUUUUUUUGGUACUUUUGUUAAUAAGAUGCAGUGGCAGGGUUCUUUUGAGAGAAUUUUUAAAGCAUUAGAAAUGUAAUAGCUUGAAAGGUAAAUGGGGCGGUCUAUAUAAAUAUAUAUAUUUUAUAUAUUUUUGGUGUUUCCCACCCGCUGGGAAUGUUCAGCUAAUGUGACUUUUUUUUUUUAGAAGUACUGGUUUAUUGGUAUCCUCAUGUUGCCUAGAAUUUUUUCUUUUAACAUAAAACAAAAACUGCUGUUUUAUUGUUUAUUCCUGUAUAGGCAGGAGGAAGAAAAGGAAAACCUAACCUUAACCUACAUGUAGAUUUACCAGAUGGAUUUAAAAAAAAUAAAAACUGGGAAACCUUUUUUGAUACCUUUUGGCAACAUGUUAUGACCAGUAUUGUGAUCAUUUUAGGGUUUGAGAUUGUAUUGCUUUGUUGGUAAAUUUUACCAUAUUUGUUUGAAUGUUUAUUUUCUCACAUGUAUAACGGCAAAAUUGUGUACAUAAUAAAACAUGUAUAUAUGUGUAUACAAGUAUGUGUAAUACCGCAUUUUACACAUUUAUAAUCCAAGUAUCCAAACUUUUUACAUAAUUUUUUAAACACACUUUAGAAUUAAAAAUUAAUUUUAAAAUGUCAUUUUGUAGUUGAUUCUGAAGGCUGGUUAGUUUGAUUUAUAAAGUAAUGUCAAUGCACACUAUUUUAUUUUUAGUAAUGCUUCGCCCCCACAUUCAUACCACACUGACAAGUAAAUAGGGUUUCAGCAAAAUUAUAAUUUAAUUUGUGUGCCUUGUAUUUUUUCUCCUUUAAACUAUGUAUAUUAAAAUCACUUCUAUAUUUUAACUAAAUGUAUUAAACUGUAUGCUGUUGUCAAAUAAGGAAUACUCUUAAUAUUUUGAUACAUUGCAGCUUUAAACGUAUUGUUUAAUGGAAAUGAUCCCAUUUGUUCUGUAUGAAAGAGACAGACUGUUAAGUAAAUGUUUUACAACU